AAGUUAAAAAUUUGUUUGUUUAUACUGGGAAGAGAGCUAUCAUGGUUGGGGGUUUGCAUCCAUUCCUUCUCCUUACUUUCCUGCUGGGGAAACAAACAAAAAAAUAGAUCAACUACAUCUGUUUUGAGUCAGUCUCUUCUAUCUUCUGGUUUUCCAAGAAUAGCCAGAUGCUGCUAUUGGCUACCUAACUGUUGGGAGGAAAACAGUGGGGAGGCUGUGGCAGUAGCAGAGUCUUGAAAACACAGGCCCAAAUGCAUGCUCAUCAUGAGUCAUGACUGGUUGUUUGGGUGUUACGCACUGCAGUUCCUCCUCAGCAGAGGUUUAGAAGGCUGUGAGCUCGUGGUCUUGAACCUGUUGAGUGGGAGAGGAAAUGGGGUUCAGGACGGAACCUGGGUGGGAUCCUUCUGCUGUGGUAGUGACAGUAUCUUAGCACGCCUUCAAAGCUACUUUUCACCCAAAUAUGGCCGGAGUUAGGUAAUUUAAUGAUCUUCAGCAUUAUGUCUUCAAAUCCUAUGGCUGAGUAGACAUCCCCUCUCCCCUGCUUGGCAGAGCUCUCAAAAGUCUUUCUCUCAUCUGUUUCUUUCUAACUGGUGCAUGGCCUUGGGGAUGUACUGAAGGGAAAAGCUUCUGAUCCCAGGAGGUGAUGAUCACCAACAGCCUUCCAUAAAAAGAUUCAUCUGGAAGCUGAGUUGCCAUUUUCCCUGGCAAAAGCUGGAGGGAAAUCCAAACAACUGUGUUUUCUUAAAUGUGUUGGGAACAGUAUGGUGACAGGCACUGGGGAUGUUUUGUGAAACCGGGUAUUGACAGUAACUGGUAGGACUUCAAGAACGGAGAGCUUGUUAUCAUGCUUCAAUUUGAGACAGUUCAAGUGUCCACCAUUGGGCGUGGUGAUCCUGAAGGCCUUUUCCAAUCAUUCCAUGGUAUUACUGUGCUCCAGUGCUACUGGUUGAGGGGAAGAAAAGCCCAGAGUGGCUGUAGCUUCAGAAAACGGAGGGGGUGCUAUACUGACAACGCAGAAGCCUUGUGAGCCGCCCUGGGGCCGAGCCAGAGAGAAAUCCCGGGUUCUGUCAUAUCCGGAGAGCCCAGGGAAGCGCCUGCCGGCAGCGGGGCCCUGCGGUUAGGGUUCGGGCCCCGAAGAAGUGCUGCUGUAACGGCCGCAGCGCCGCCCAACCUCCACGCCGCCAGGGGGCGGUACGGCCGCCCCGGUGGGGAUGAAGGCGGCGAGCCGGCCGCGCGCAGGCGCAAUAUUGCUUGCUCCCGCCCCCGCAGCGUUGGCCCUCCCCGGCGACAGCGCGCGGGGUAGGCGUCCCCUGCCGCAAGGGCUGCCGGUCUAUCGGCGGCGCGGGGGCGGGCGGCCGGCCCGGGGCCCGGACAUAAGAUGGCGGCGGCGUUGCUGGGGAGGCGGCGGCGGCGACGGUUGCGGUUGCGGCCGUGUGGGCUGUCGCGGAGCGCGGGCGGUGCACGGCUCUGCCCGGGCUCCCAGGGCGGAUAGAGCGGGGCCGGCUCGGCGGAGCGGGGCCGCCAUGGGCUCCCAGGUGCUGCAGAUCCUGCGCCAGGGCGUGUGGGCGGCGCUGAGCGGCGGCUGGUACCAGGACCCGCACCAGGGCGCCGGGGUCAACGCACUGCACCUCUACCUGUGGCUCUUCCUGCUCGGCUUCCCCUUCACCCUCUACAUGGCCCUUCCUUCUUCCAUGAUGAUAGUAGCUGUCUACUGCCCAGUAAUAGCAGCACUCUUUAUCGUUUUGAAGAUGGUGAACUACCGUUUGCACAGGGCACUGGAUGAGGGAGAAAUUGUGGAGAGGAAUGCCAAUGAGCGUAUGGACAGGGGUGCAAAAACAGAACAAAGCAGUGUUUCAGCCAAGAGGAAAGACAGCAAUGGACCCAGUGACCCUGGUGGAGGAAUUGAGAUGUCAGAGUUCAUACGAGAAGCCACUCCCCCUGUUGGCUGUAGUUCACGCAAUUCUUAUGCUGGAAUAGAUCCAAACAUCCAGGUUGGAUCUGGAUUAUCUCGUCUGGGAACAGCAGCAACAAUCAAAGGAGAUACUGACACUGCCAAGACCUCUGAUGAUAUCAGUUUAAGCCUUGGGCAGAGUUCUAGCCUAUGUAAAGAAGGGAGUGAAGAACAAGAUUUGGCAACUGAUAGGAAGCUUUUUCGUCUGGUGUCGAAUGACUCGUUUGUCUCCAUCCAGCCUUCACUAUCCUCUGGACAAGAUUUGCCACGAGACAACAGUGAUAAAGUGUGCCUCUCGAACAAUCAGCUUGUGGACCAGUCUAAAACUAGUGCGUGUGACACAGAAGUAGCUUCGCUUAUAACUCUGCAUUCUCACUCUUAUAGAAAGGAUCACAGACCACGAGGUGUACCAAGGACUUCUAGCUCUGCUGUCGCUUUUCCAGAUGCUUCACUAAAUGACUUCCCUCUUUAUCAACAAAGACGAGGACUAGACACUGUCAGUGAGUUAGAAGCAUCUAAGCCCCCUUCUGGAUCCAGAGAGUCCUUGGCUGAGAACUCAUGCAUUUCAGGAGUUUUUCAGUUGGAUGACAUUCUGAAAAGUAGCAGCCCUCAACCACUGGCUAAGAGUGGAAAGAGCAAAUCCUUGAAAGCAGACAAAAGUGUGGACAGCCUGAGAAGCCUGAGUACUAGAAGCAGUGGUUCAACAGAAAGCUACUGCAGUGGGACUGAUCGUGACACUAACAGUACCAUCAGUAGCUAUAAAAGUGAACAUACUAGCUCUACGCAUAUAGAAAGUGUGCUGUCAGAGCAUGAGGAGGAGUCUCCUAGAGAAGAGAAAAAGGAUGGUAAGAAAAAAGACUGUGGUGUUGACUCAGAGGAUGACAGUAGUUCUACUACUGACAAAAGGACUAGUGAAAGGACUGCUGUGGAAGUGAGCUCUAUUAGUGGUGUUCAAGAGGUAAAGGGUUCUAAUGCAUCCAAUGAGAUGCACGGUCAGAAGGGUCUUAGUGCCUCUGCUUCAGAAGAGGCCAAUAAGAACCCACAUGCCAAUGAACUGACUACACAAGCUGACAGGCCACCCGGGAAGGCUGCUGAACAAAGAGAUGAGCAGAGUGAGAAACUAGUUGUGUUAGUAGAUUCAAGAGCUUCUAAAGAAUCUAGUGGAAAACAAAAAGAAGGAGAUGUUCGACCCAAAUCUUCUAGCUUAAUACAUCGAACAGCCUCUACCCACAAGUCCAGCCGGAGACGGACAGGAAAAAAGCGGGCUAGUAGUUUUGAUUCAAGUCGGCACAGGGAAUAUGUUUCCUUCCGAGGUGUAUCUGGUACUAAACCCCACAGUGCCGUGUUUUGUCAUGAUGAGGACUCCAGUGAUCAAAGUGACUUAAGCAGGACGUCAAGUAUGCAGUCAGCUCAUCAGUUCAGCAGUGAUAGCUCUUCCAGCACCACAUCCCAUUCAUGCCAGUCUCCUGAGGGAAAGUACAGUGCUCUAAAGACCAAAUAUGUUUCUAAAGAACGUGGGGGCACAGACUCUGAAAAUAUUCAUAAAACCCACGUAAGCUCUGAAGGAAUUAGCAAAAAACGAUCUACACGUCGGACUUCUAGCACAAACAGUGCCAAGAAUCGUGCCAGAGUACUAAGCCUGGACAGUGGUACUGUAGCUUGCUUAAAUGAUCCAAAUAGUUUAAUGACACCAGGUAACAUAAAACAGUUAACCACUUCAAAAUCUGAUUUGGAAGCCAAAGAGGGAGAGGUGCUAGAUGAGCUAUCUCUGCUGGGAAGGGCUUCACAUUUAGAGUCAGUCACUCGUUCUAGGAAUAGCUUACCAAGCCAGGCUACGUUUCCUGAAGGGGAAGAGCAAGAAUCAGCAAGUGGAGCAGCACAAGCCAGCGAGGAGACUGUCACAUUUCGACGUGAACGCAGCACAUUUAGGCGUCAGGCAGUACGACGCCGGCACAAUGCAGGGAGUAACCCUACCCCUCCUACAUUGCUCAUCGGAUCACCCCUCAGCCUUCAAGAUGGUCAGCAAGGCCAGCAGUCCUCCUCCCAGGCCAAAGUGCAGUCCCGCUCCCCCUCCCAGGCAGCUGUGCUCAGCGCUAGCACCUCCUUGCUGGUGAGAAAUGGGAGUGUCCACUUAGAAGCAUCACAUGCCACUGCAUCUGCUGUAGGCGGUAGCAGUUUGCACGAUGGACUUGGUAAGUUCAGUUCUACGCUCUACGAGACAGGGGGCUGCGACAUGUCACUUGUGAACUUUGAGCCAGCUGCAAGAAGAGCAUCUAACAUCUGUGACACGGACUCUCACGUAUCGAGUUCUACCUCAGUUCACUUUUACCCACAUGAUCUACUUUCUCUUCCCCAGAUCAGGUUGAACAGACUGCUAACCAUAGAUACAGAUCUACUGGAGCAGCAAGAUAUUGACCUGAGCCCUGACCUUCAGGACCACUUGCAACCUCAAGAGGAAGCAGCUCAAAAAGUCAAGCAGUACUAUCGUUUUUGGAUACUGCCUAAGCUUUGGAUUAGCAUAAAUUUUGAUAGAUUAACUCUUCUGGCUUUAUUUGAUAGGAAUCGUGAGAUCCUUGAAAAUGUGUUAGCUGUCAUCCUAGCUAUUCUAGUUGCAUUUCUGGGCUCCGUACUUCUUAUUGAGGGCUUUUUCAAGGAUAUCUGGGUCUUCCAGUUCUGCCUGGUUAUAGCCAGUUGCCAAUACUCACUGUUAAAGAGCGUUCAACCAGAUUCUUCUUCCCCUCGACAUGGUCAUAAUCGUAUCAUAGCCUAUAGUAGGCCUGUAUAUUUCUGUUUAUGUUGUGGUCUUAUUUGGCUGUUGGAUUAUGGCAGCAGAAACAUAUCUACAACGAGAUUCAAGUUGUAUGGAAUGGCUUUCACCAACCCAUUGCUGCUGCUGUCAGCCAGGGACUUAGUUAUAGUGUUUACACUAUGCUUCCCCAUAGUAUUCUUCAUUGGUCUCCUGCCUCAGGUGAAUACAUUUGUGAUGUAUCUCUGUGAACAGCUGGAUAUUCAUGUCUUUGGUGGCAAUGCUACCACAAGCCUGCUUGCAGCACUUUACAGUUUCAUCUGUAGUAUUGUGGCAGUAGCGUUGUUGUAUGGACUGUGCUAUGGUGCCCUGAAGGAUUCUUGGGAUGGGCAGCAUAUUCCAGUUCUCUUCUCCAUAUUUUGUGGUUUGUUAGUGGCAAUAUCAUAUCAUCUCAGCAGACAAAGUAGUGACCCUUCUGUGCUUUUCUCUUUAGUGCAAUCAAAAUUUUUUCCUAAUUCUGAAGACAAAAACCCUGAGGAUCCUCUGUCCGAAGUGAAAGAUCCUCUACCUGAAAAGCUUAGAAAUUCUGUGAGUGAACGAUUGCAGUCUGACCUGAUUGUGUGUAUAGUCAUUGGUGUACUCUAUUUUGCAAUUCACGUCAGCACAGUAUUUACAGUUUUGCAGCCUAUUUUAAGUUAUGUUCUCUAUGCAUUGGUGGGUACGGUAGGCUUUGUGACCCAUUAUGUUCUGCCUCAACUCCGAAAGCAACUUCCUUGGCAUUGCUUUUCUCACCCGCUGCUGAAAACCAAGGAAUACUAUCAGUUUGAAGUCCGAAAUGCUGCGCAUGUUAUGUGGUUUGAGAAGCUUCACAUUUGGCUCCUUUUUAUAGAGAAGAAUGUUAUCUAUCCGCUGAUAGUCCUCAAUGAGCUUAGUAGCAGUGCUAAGAGUAUUGCUAGUCCAAAGAAACUGGAUACUGAGUUGGGUGCUUUAAUGAUCACAAUAGCUGGCUUGAAGUUACUGCGUUCAUCAUUCAGUAGCCCAACAUGCCAGUACGUCACUGUUAUUUUCACAGUGCUCUUCUUUACUUUUGAUUACAAAAGUUUUACUGAGACCAUGCUGCUAGAUCUCUUCUUCAUGUCCAUACUCUUCAGCAAGCUUUGGGAACUCUUUUAUAAGCUGAGAUUUGUAUAUACCUACAUUGCUCCCUGGCAGAUAACAUGGGGAUCUGCCUUCCAUGCUUUUGCCCAGCCCUUUGCUGUGCCACAUUCUGCAAUGUUAUUUGUCCAAGCAGCUGUAUCAGCGUUCUUCUCUACUCCUCUGAAUCCUUUCCUGGGAAGUGCAAUAUUUAUCACUUCUUAUGCCAGACCUGUCAAAUUCUGGGAAAGAGACUACAACACAAAGCGUGUGGAUCAUUCAAAUACAAGAUUGGCUUCGCAGCUUGAUAGAAAUCCAGGUUCAGAUGAUAACAAUCUGAAUUCAAUCUUCUAUGAACAUUUAACCCGUUCCCUUCAGCACAGCCUAUGUGGAGAUUUGUUGUUGGGUCGAUGGGGAAACUAUAGUACUGGGGACUGCUUCAUUCUAGCCUCUGACUACCUCAAUGCACUAGUACACCUUAUAGAGAUAGGAAAUGGCUUGGUCACCUUCCAACUGAGAGGGCUUGAAUUCAGAGGAACUUAUUGUCAGCAAAGAGAAGUAGAGGCCAUCACUGAAGGCGUAGAGGAAGAUGAAGGUUUCUGUUGCUGUGAACCUGGUCACCUUCCUCACAUGCUUUCCUUUAAUGCUGCAUUUGGGCAGCGUUGGCUGGCUUGGGAAGUGCUUGUGACAAAGUAUGUUCUGGAGGGUUAUAGUAUCACAGACAACAGUGCAGCAUCCAUGCUUCAAGUCUUUGAUCUCCGGAAAAUUCUCACUACUUACUAUGUGAAGGGAAUCAUCUAUUAUGUCACAACUUCCCCCAAGUUAGAGGAGUGGUUAGCUAAUGAGACAAUGCAGGAAGGACUGAGGUUGUGCACAGACCGCAAUUAUGUUGAUGUAGACCCAACAUUUAACCCCAAUAUUGAUGAAGAUUAUGACCACCGUCUAGCAGGAAUCUCAAGAGAGAGUUUCUGUAUGAUUUAUUUGAACUGGAUAGAAUACUGCUGCUCUCGAAGAGAAAAGCCACUGGAUUCAAGUAAAGACUCGCCCCUGGUUACACUGUGUUACGGGCUUUGUGUUCUGGGGCGGAGAGCAUUGGGGACAGCUUCGCAUCAUAUGUCUAGUAAUCUGGAAUCCUUCUUGUAUGGCUUGCAUGCCCUAUUUAAGGGCGACUUCCGUAUAUCUUCAAUUAGAGAUGAGUGGAUCUUUGCUGACAUGGAAUUGCUGAGGAAAGUAGUGGUUCCUGGAAUACGAAUGUCACUUAAACUACAUCAGGAUCACUUCACUUCUCCAGAUGAAUAUGAUGAUCCUUCUGUUCUCUAUGAAGCCAUAACAACCCAUGAAGAAAAUCUAGUUAUAGCACAUGAAGGGGACCCUGCUUGGCGGAGUGCUGUUCUUUCCAAUUCUCCUUCCCUCCUUGCUCUGCGCCAUGUGAUGGAUGAUGGCACCAACGAAUACAAAAUUAUUAUGCUGAAUAAGCGCUAUCUCAGUUUCAGGGUCAUUAAGGUGAAUAAGGAGUGCGUGCGUGGCCUGUGGGCAGGGCAACAGCAGGAGCUUGUCUUCCUGCGUAAUCGCAAUCCAGAAAGAGGAAGCAUCCAAAACGCGAAACAAGCUCUGAGGAACAUGAUCAACUCCUCCUGUGACCAGCCAAUAGGAUACCCAAUCUAUGUCUCACCUUUGACUACAUCCUAUUCAGAUAGUCAUGAACAGCUUAAGGAGAUUCUUGGAGGAGCUAUCAGCUUAGGAAAUAUCAGAAACUUUAUAGUGUCUACGUGGCAUAGACUAAGGAAAGGUUGUGGAGCUGGCUGUAACAGUGGUGGAAAUAUUGAAGAUUCUGAUGCUGGAGGUGGGGCUUCUUGCACAAGUAACAAUGCCACUAUCAAUGAGUCGCAGAGCAGCAUGUCGCAAGGAGGAGUGAAUGCACCUGCAGGGCAGGGACCUGGAGCAGUACAGCACCCUCCUGUGGCACCUCAUCCCGGGGCUCAUCCCACAGCUCUUCCUGCAGCUCAUCCACCAACUCAUCCAUCCACUCUGGGCACCAGUCACAGCUCUCACUCUGUGCAGUCGAGCCUUGUGAGACAUUCCCCUGCCCGUGCCUCGGUAGCUAGCCAUUCAUCUUAUUGCUACGGCAGUCGUCAUUCAUCUCUUCGCACAUCCACAACAGGCUUUGUGCCUUGUCGGCGCUCUUCCACCAGUCAGAUAUCCCUUCGUAACCUCCCAUCAUCCAUCCAGUCCCGCCUAUCUAUGGUGAACCAAAUGGAACCUACUGGCCAGUCUGGAGUCAGCAUGCAGCACGGUCUGCCCUCUUCCAGCAGCUCCAGCCAAAGCAUCCCAGCCUGUAAACAGCAUGCCCUUGUGGGCUUUCUAGGGACAGAAGGAGGGAGUAAUGCAGCUGAAACUCAGUCAGCUGGUAAUGCAAGCCCUGCAAAUCAAAUGCAAGCCAAAAAGGAUGAUGUUAUUUACAGAAUCCAGUUAAUGGAUCCCAGUCAAGUACUGGAAGGGAUCAACGUGUCAAAAAGGAAAGAGCUGCAGUGGCCAGAUGAGGUGAUACGGCUAAAAGCUGGAAGAAACAGCUGGAAAGACUGGAGUCCUCAGGAAGGCAUGGAAGGCCAUGUGAUUCACCGCUGGGUGCCUUGCAGCAGAGAUCCAAGUAGUCGGUCCCACAUAGAUAAGACCAUCCUGCUGGUUCAAAUUGAAGAUAAAUACGUUGCUGUUGUUGAAACUGGAGUCCUUGAACUUGGGGCUGAAGUGUAAAUCUCUGAGACUUAAACUUCCCCUUCUCCAACGAUUCAGAAAAGAGAAGGGUCCAGAAGCAGCAGCUCCCAGGACGUAAAACUUUGGUCCAGUCGUAGGAGAGGACUUGAAUCACAGAUUUGUCUAAGUCCUUUUCCCCAAAUAAACAAAUGUAAGAAAUUUUUAAGUUGUUAGCUGCUGAAGAAACAUUUGCAUGAAGGAUAGAUUUGUUGAGACAUAUCUUUUUGUUUAUAAAUUUUGUUUAUGCAUUGUGUAAUGCUUUAAAUCAACAAACUUUUCAGUUCUAAGAUCAGAGCACCUCAUAUUUUUCUAAUUGUUUUUGCCAAAAAUUGCCAUGUCUUGUCACAGAGUGUGUGGAAUUCAUCCACCUUAUUUUAAAGAAAUUGACUACAAACAUUCAGUUUGGUGAAACACAGUGUAAAGGUUUCAGGAGUGGCAAGAAGAGACUGAACAGAUGUAUAGAUUCUUAUUCCUUAUGAGCUAAAACAUUAAUGAGAACUGCACUAAUUUUUUACAGCAAUGCACUAAAAACAACCCUGAGAUUGCUGAGAACAUUUAUUUAUAUAUAUAAAUAUAAGUAUAUAAAAUACCAUUAUUUAAAUUGCCUUUGGGAUUAAUCCCCUCCCUCUCCAUAUACAUGUUGAUGGUAAGGGCUGUGCCAUGGGUUUGGUUCUAUGUUCUGUAUUUCGUACAAGUGCAUUUGCUGCAUCCUCUUCACAAUAAAUGGUAAAAUAAGAAAUACCUAGACAUGUACCUGAGUAUCCCUGUACUACAUCAGAAUCUAUUGUGGCAAUGGUACCUCAAAUCUAUACAACACAUCCAGCUUUAAAAGUGGACCUGAGUACACUAUCUUUCAUCUGUCCUCCCUUAGCUAGCUUAAGCUACCUUGCUUCUUUACACCCAGAACUGGCUAAGUUGUUUCAUUGGCUCUUUUCUGGCAGAUAGUUGAGUUCUGUAGGGGAGAUACUUGAAGGUUUUUUUUAUUCCAUCCAAUUAAAAAAAAAAAAAAACUUAAAAAAAAAAACCUUUUAAAAGGCUUUUAUAGAAGGCACAGCCCUAAACUUGUAUCACUUCUUCUGCCACCUUGCCUUUUCUUUCCCUUUAGUCUUCAUUCUUUUCUAUGACUUGAAUUUUAUUUUCUGUGAUUAUACAUUCUAUGUAAGUGUAAUUUGAGUAUUUAUAACUGUGAAGUUGAAUUAUUCAUGUGUUACAUAUCCUAGGUUUUAUUGUAUUUUUUUAAAUGUGUGUAUUCAGGGAAACAAGUAACUCAGAACUACCGUGGGAGUGUGAGAGGGAAACUGGUUUGGUUUUGACUUGCGGUUCCUAUGACUCCUUUUAAUCCACAAGAAAAAAAAUGUACCUAUUGUGAUUGUUUCCUGUUUCUGAUCUGUAAUUAUGUAGGAUUCUGUGCAGAAUCUGCACACAGUCCUAGCUUUUGAGAGCAGCCAUCUUCUUCCCAGUCACCUCUGCUUCUUUCUAAAUAAUGUAAUUGGAAGAGACUUCUGAUAUACCA